AGCUGCCAGCGGCUGAAAAAGACACGGAACAAAUCUCACUUUUCACCCCACCACGAUACAUAUCUGCUCCACCACCCCCGGGAUUAAUGCCCGUUGUCUAGUUUUGUAGUUUAAUCUUUUCGACCGUAUUUUUGGUUCUUGGUGUAACAUUGCUCCUUCUUUUUUGUGUGUCUGUGGUUUGAUAAGAUUACGAGAGUUCAAAGCCUCGUCACCUGUUGUAUUCCUCCACUGUACAAGUGAAAUCAAAGGGAGGUGAACUUUGAACCAAGAGACAGCACACAGCUCCAUUCAUUCGUUUAACAAAGUGCAUUGUGCGCGGGGUGUCGUCGUAGUGCCUUAAUUUUAUACACAAUUUCUAAGCCAAACCAAAGAACUGUCCCCAACCAUGUUACGUGUACCGAAAACGCAAUGGCUUGCAUGUCUCGCCCGUAGCCAGUCUACCUCGGCCCGCCCAACCACCGGCGAGGAGUAUCAGUAUCUGCAGCGGUCCAAGAUACCGAUGCUCCACUUUCAACCCUCCCUGCCACGCUUACCCAUACCGGAGCUGGAGAAAACGUGCGCCCGGUAUCUGGCCGCUCAGCAGCCACUCCUGUCGCCCGAUGCAUUUGAGCGCACCAAGGAGCUGGUUAACCAGUUCUCCCAACAAGACGGACCGAAGCUGCAGACACUGUUGAAGGAGUUCGAUGCGGCCAACAAGCACACGAGCUACAUCUCCGAACCGUGGUUCGAUAUGUACCUGCGAGAUCGGGCACCACUGCCGCUCAACUACAACCCACUGCUGAUGAUGAAUCCCGACCCGCGGCCGCAGUUUAACGAUCAGCUGCUGCGUACGACCAAUUUGGUUAUUAGCUCGCUGCGCUUCAUGAAAUCGUUGCGGGCGAAAAUCCUUGAGCCGGAAGUAUUCCACAUGAAUCCGGCGAAAAGCGAUACGCCCACGUUCCGCACGGUCACUUCCAUGAUGCCGUCCUUCAUCUCGACGUACGUGGCGUACGCGUUCAAGGCAUUUCCGCUCGAUAUGAGCCAGUAUCAGGGACUGUUCGGGGGUACGCGCAUUCCCGAGCUGGGCAAGGAUCGCAUCUAUCGGACGGAUUCGUCUCGCCACGUGGUGGUGAUGCGCAACGGAAACAUGUACGCGGUGGAUGUGCUAGACGCGCAGGGCAACAUUGAACAACCCGCAACACUGCUGGCCCGGUUCGAAAGGGUACUGAAGGACGCGAAAGCUCCGGCCGCCGAUCCGCUUGGUCUGCUGACGACGGAAAACCGUGACACGUGGGCAACGGCCCGAACGCACCUUACCCAGCUCGGUACCAAUGCCCGUUCGCUCGAGCUGGUCGAUUCGGCCCUGUUCUGCAUCUGUCUCGACGAUUCGACGAUCGAGCCGGAAAAUCCCAUCCCUGCCAUCCGUGAGUUCCUGUUCGGCGACGGCACCAACCGUUGGUUCGACAAAUCGUUCACGCUGAUCGUGGCCAAGGACGGUACGGCGGGCAUCAACUUUGAACACUCCUGGGGCGAUGGUGUGGCCGUGCUGCGCUACUUCCAGGAGAUCUUUAAGGAAACCACAACGGCACCGUUCGCCCAGGUCGGACUGCAAGGCGUGGACAAUCAGUCCAAGGACGCAGUCGUACCGAUCGAGUUCACGCUGGACGAUCGGGUGAAGGCGGCCAUCCGGACGGCGGAAAACAAUCACAACGCGGUGAUCGAUUCGCUCGACAUGAACUACAUGAAGUACGAAGCGAUCAACAAGAGCGUGUGCAAGAGGCAACGCAUCAGCCCGGACUCGGUGAUGCAGCUCGGCUUUCAGCUGGCGUACUACAAGCAGCACGGUGCGUUCGUGGGCACGUACGAAUCGUGCAGUACGGCCGCCUUCCGGCACGGGCGCACGGAAACGAUGCGGCCGUGCACGGUCGCGACGAAAACGUUCUGCCAGGAGGUGGAGCGGCGCGAUUCGGGCAAGAAGAAAAGCAUGGCCGAGCUGCGCGACAUGAUGAACCAAUGCUCGACGGUGCACGGUCAGCUGACGAAGGAAGCGGCCAUGGGGCAAGGGUUCGAUAGGCAUCUGUUCGGGCUGAAGCAUACGGCGCAGAGGAACGGUUUGCCGCUGCCGGCACUGUACGAAGAUCCGGCGUAUGGUGCGAUUAACCAUAACAUCCUGUCCACCAGUACGCUAUCUUCGCCCGCCCUGCUGGCCGGUGGAUUUGGGCCGGUUGUGAAGGAUGGGUACGGCAUCGGGUACAACAUCCAGGACGGGUACUUGGGCAGCGUCGUGACGAGCUACAAACCGCACCGGAAUGGGCGCGAAUUUGUCGACUGUCUGCGGGCGGCGUACGAGGACAUUGGCAAGGUGUUGGCCGCCACCGGACCAUCGCCUAAGGAAAAGUGAUUGUAAACAGAGGCAGACAGCGAGAGGGAGAGAAAGGCAACAACAGUACUGAGCAAAUUGAUUAUUGUUGCCAAAAAAAGGUUAAAGGGUUGAAUGUUUAAGAGCGAAAAUCCCGUUAAUUUUGUAUUUUAGCUGUGUUGGUUUUUGGGAUAGUUUAUCUAAUUGGUUAUUUCCUGUAAGAUGUAGACAAAAUAAAGACAAAAGUUGAUUUGUGUAAUACUCUA